AUGUGCACGACAGACUGCAUCACAUACAGCACGUUCGUCACUGGAACCACGACGGAGGACCGCACGUGUGAACUAUGCGAAGCAGGCAAGUUCCGUGCCGAUACCGGCCACAGGCUCACGGAAUGCGAGGCGUGUGCCGACGACACGUUUCAAUCGGACGAAGGACAAAGCAGCUGCAUGGCAUGCAAUGAGUGCGAACCUGGAUACGUUAUUGACCAGGAUUGCACACCAACAAGCGACCGCACAUGCAAAGACAUUGCAAAGCCCACCAUCGUGCUGCGGCGACCAGACAACAACGAGGAGAUUCAAGACACAUAUGUCGUCGAGGCCACGUUUGCCUUUGAUCCCCCGAUCUUUACGGCGACAGACACGGCGGCUGGCACCGUGACAAAGACACCACCACCCAACAUCGACGACAUUGACACGAGCACUGUGGGGUCUGACCAGAUGCUGACGUACACGGCGACGGAUGCGAACAUGAACACGGCAACACGCGACAUCACCGUGGAAGUCGUGGACACGACCGGGCCCGCCAUCACAUUUGACCCUGCAGUGCUGCAGCUGGAGGCCGGGGAGGAGGUGAUGCGCAGCAACUUCACGGCCGGCGUUUCCAUCGUGGACCGCGUGGACGGAACACUCGGCAUCGACCUGCUGGAGUACGAUGCCAGCGACGUGGACGUGAACACGCUGGGCAUGUACGAGGUGGUGUACACGCUGUCUGCAUCCGACUCGAACGACAACGAGGCGCCGCCCACCACACGCACAGCAGCCGUCGUGGACACCCUUCCACCGGUCAUCACCAUUGGUUUUGGCGACCGCGAAGUGUUGGAACACAACGUGGUCAUCCACGAGGCGGCAACAGAGUUUAUCUUCCCGAGCCAGUCUGCAUUUGAUACAUUCGACACCGCUGUCAACGGCGGUGACGUGCGACGCAACGAAGAGUCGACCUUCGACUCGGUUGUGGACGACGGCACGCAGUUCACGUUCACGUACACGGCGACGGAUGCGUCGGACAACACGGCGACGGUGGUGUAUGUGAUUGAGGUGCGGGACACGAUGGCGCCAAGCAUCACCAUCAAUGGCGAGCACAACAUCACGCACGAGGCCGGGACGGAAUAUGUCGAUGCAGGAGCAACAGCGACGGACCUGCUGGAGGAUGCGAUUGGGCGCGGGGUGGAGGUGGUGGUCACCAACAAUGUGUUGAGCAAGCCGCCGUCCGUGCCCGCGGUGUUCACGGUGGAGUACGACGCGUGCGACAAGGCCGGCAACUGCGACGCCAUCAACCGCACCGUGCACGUGCUGGACCGCACGGCCCCGAGCAUCGAGCUCAUUGGCGACGCGCUGCUGGUGGUGGAGGCCGGCAGCAACUUCACCGACAUCGACCCUGGCGUGACGCUGGCUGAUCUGUACUACGACAACGCCGACUUGACGCUGGUGAUUGACGAUGGAGGGUACGAGGCGGCGCCAACAACGUCGCCUGCAACCUUUACUGUGACAUACACGGUGACAGACCCGUCCCGCAACACGGCCAGCGUCACACGCACCAUCACCAUAAUCGACACAACGCCGCCGGACCUGCGCGUCAGCGGGGACCUGAGCGUGACGGUUGGCGACGGCGUGACGUGGGUUGAGCCGGGCAUUGCACGUGCAUAUGACAACAUCGAUGGUGAUGUGCGAUCGCGUGUGGUGGCGACGACGCAGCUUGAGGAGGCCGGCGUUGUUGUUCCCACCGUGUGCGCGUAUUCGUCUGCGCGCGCGUUUAUGCCGCCGCUGUCGCCGCGCGUGUGGUCUUCACCUCGAAUGGACGCGGUGGAGUCGAGAGCGCCGAGCGGCACCGUGUACCGCAUCAACUACACGGUGGCGGACGCAGCGAGCAACGUGGCGUUUGUGGAGCGCGUGGUGCGGGUUGCAGACCCGACGGCACCCUCGCUGCAGCUGCUUGGGGAUCGGGUGCAGGCGCUGGAGUUUGGUGACGAUCGCGGCUCAUUUGCUGAUCCUGGAGCAACAGCUCUCGACGCCCACGACGGCGACCUGAGCGGGGACGUGUGCGUUGGCGUGAGCGUUGUGACGCGCGACGCGAGCGGCGUUGUUGCGCCAGGCGACGUUGACGGUAUCGGGGAGGAUGCGAUUGCACGCCAAGGCAAUGAUGAAGCGUUUGAUGUUCUUGGGCUGGAUGCUGCUGUGGCGUCGGCGGAGGUGGGCACCGUGUAUGUGCUGCAGUACAGCGUGCACGACCGCGCAGGCAACGCCGCUGUUGGUGUGCAGCGGGCGGUGGUGGUGGUGGACACGACGCCGCCCGACGUGACGCUGUAUGGCGCGGAGGAGGUGCACGUGCUGUAUGCGACACGGUAUGUGGAGGCCGGGUACAGCGCACAGGAUGUGCACGACGGCAACGUGACGUCGCAGGUGGUGGUGAGUGGAGCCGAUGCGAUUGACGUGCACGUGGCGGGGACGUACGAGGUUGAGUACGCGGUGACGGAUGCGAACGGCAACACGGGUGUUGCGGUGCGGACGGUGGUGGUUGAGGCGCUGAUGCGACCGGAGCGGGCGGACCAGGUGGUGGAGCUGGUGCUUGCAGGCACGGCGGAGUCCAUCUUUGGUGGCGACGUGCAGCAGCUGGAGCGCGACCUGGAGGAGGCGCUGAAUGUGGACUUUGUGGUGGUGUUUCUCGUCUACGACAAAGCCCUCGGUCGCCCCACCACCGACAUCAACACAGUCCCACAGCAACAACAAGGGAGGAGAAGGAGAAGCAGCAGUGGCAGCAGCCGUGAUAGCGACAACAACAACAACAACUACAGCGACUCCGACAACGCUUGGAUCCGUGGACGGCGUGGGCUGUUGGCGCAGCCAUCGACGGUGGUUGAGUUUGGGGUUCGCAACGGCACCAGCUUGGAGUGGGUGCCUGCCGACAUCUUGCUUGCUCGGCUUGAAGGGCUCGAAACCCUGGCAGCAGCGCACAUCACGUCUGUUGCCGAUGCUAAGAAGCGCGGCGGUGGAAGCGAUGGUGGUGCUGUUGCAGGCGCCGUCGUUGGCGUGCUGCUGGUCCUGGGGUGCGUGGCUUCUAUUGUGUGGCGGCGACGGAAACGGGCUCAGGCAGAGCUUGCCACGGUGAAGAACAUCAUCAAUGCGACCAAUCCAACAUUCUCUCCGCACAGCGAGGAUGCUACUGGUGAACCAGCACAAGUGCAGCACAAGUGGAAUCCUUCCUUGUAUGAUAUUGCACCCCCGCGACAACAACAUCAUCAGCAGCAGCAUGAGCAGCAGAGUGCAGUGGACGCUCAGUCCAUGGACCACCACAGCGAUCCCACGCACGUGUAUGCGACGCCGUCGCUGUUGCCAGAGUUGCAACCCAACACACCACACCACUCGCGUGUGCACUCCAUGCACGCGUGGUCGGCUGGGCUGUACGACAUUGAGGAAGAGGGGUGGGAGGAAGAACAUGAAGACAGGGGCACCGAACUGCAAGCAGAAGCAAAGGCUGGCCGCAGUGGCGUUGCUUUGGGCGAGAAUGCCGGUGCUCAGCAUGAAUCACUGUUUGGGCAGCGGUUGCGAGUUGUGAGUGAACAGCAACAGCAGCGCAAGCAAUCCCAGCCGACAUAUGAUGUGGUUGAAGCGGUGACGCGGACGUUCACGAAAUGCGAAAGCGAAGCCUAG